CCUGAGAGAGAGAAAGAAGAUGAUGGGAAGCGGAGAUAACGAAGGCUUAGGUCGACUGAACAUGAUCUCAUCUGUGCCGCUGCAAGUGCAACCAUCCACCAGCGAGAUGCAAUCGACGAGCGUUUCACUCAAAAAGGAUGAUAGAGUUCCUCAGUGGAGCCAUCAAGAGACGAAAGAUUUUAUCACUAUCAGAGCCGAAUUAGAGAGGGAUUUCACUGUUACGAAGCGAAACAAGACGCUGUGGGAGAGCGUUGCAGUAAAGAUGAAGAAGAGAUGCUACAGAAGAAGCCCUAAUCAGUGCAAGUGCAAGUGGAAGAAUCUCGUUAAUCGAUACAAGGGGAAAGAGACAUCUGAUCCAGACAAUGGACGGCAAUGUCCGUUCUUUGAGGAGCUACAUGCGGUUUUCGUUGAAAGGGAGAAGAAUAUGCAGAGAUUAUUAUUGGAAUCAGAGGUUGGGAAUGUGCAGGCGAAGAAGAAGGUGAAGAAGCUGAGUGGGGGAGAUCGAUCUUCUGAUGAUUUCUCAGAGGACGAUGAAGAGGAUGAAGAUGAAAGCGAAGAAGAGCGACUCACGAGGAGUGGAAACCGCCGGAAGAGGAAAGCUGAUAAGGAUAAGCAUCUGCAGCAGCCGAGGACCUCGGAGAGAUCAGUGAGGAUUAUUGGUGGGAGCAUUCAGGAGAUGUUGCAAGAGUUCUUUAAUCAGCAGCAGAGGAUGGAGAUGCAGUGGAGGGAGAAAAUGGAGAGGAGGGCUCAAGAGAGGAGGUUGUUAGAGCAAGAGUGA